AUGGUGUUCCAUAGAUUUGUGAAUGUGGUGACACAGAAAGGUAGCCAACGAGAGCUGUGGAUUAGACUGCAGGCGUGGAAGAUAAUGAUGUUUUCCCUGUCUCAUUUCAGAACUGUAGCUGCUGAAGUCAGGAAGCAGAUCUCAGGGCAGUAUGGAGGGUCUCCCCAGCUUCUCAAAAACCUCAAUAUUGGAGGCAGCGUCUCUCAUCAUACAACUGUACCGCUUACAGAAGCAGUGGACCCGGUUGAGUUGGAGGACUACCUUAUUACACACCCGAUCUCAGUGGAGUCCGGACCUCUGCGAGACUUGCUUGAGUUUCCUCCCGAUGACAUCGAGGUUGUGUACACCCCCCGAGAAUGUCGAACGCUUGUGUCAGCCGUGCCCGAAGAGAGUGAGAUGGACCCUCAUGUGAGGGACUGUGUGAGAAGUUACACGGAAGACUGGGCGAUUGUGAACAGAAAAUAUCACAAGCUGGGAACUGGAUUUAAUCCUAACACCUUAGACAAACAGAAGGAAAGGCAAAAGGGGCUCCCCAAACAGAUCUUUGAGUCUGACGAAGCUCCAGACGGCAACAGUUACCAGGAUGAACAAGAUGACCUUAAACGACGUUCAAUGUCGAUUGACGAUACUCCCCGGGGCAGCUGGGCAUGCAGUAUUUUUGAUCUGAAGAACUCCCUUCCAGAUGCCCUUCUCCCAAACCUGCUGGACCGAACCCCAAAUGAAGAGAUUGACCACCACAAUGAAGAUCAGAGGAAGUCCAGUAGGCAUAAGGAGCUUUUUGCACUACAUCCAGCACCAGAUGAGGAGGAGCCUAUAGAACGACUUAGUGUCCCUGAAGUACCCAAAGAACACUUUGGCCAAAGACUCCUGGUGAAGUGUUUGUCCCUUAAAUUUGAAAUAGAAAUUGAGCCCAUUUUUGCAAGUUUGGCUUUGUAUGAUGUUAAAGAAAAGAAAAAGAUUUCAGAAAAUUUCUACUUUGAUUUAAACUCUGAACAAAUGAAGGGAAUGCUUCGUCCACACGUGCCCCCUGCUGCUAUAUCCACACUGGCCAGAUCUGCCAUUUUUUCUAUCACUUAUCCCUCUCAAGAUGUCUUUCUGGUAAUAAAGCUGGAAAAAGUAUUACAGCAGGGAGAUAUUGGGGAGUGUGCAGAGCCUUACAUGAUUUUUAAAGAAUCGGAUGCAGCAAAGAAUAAGGAAAAGUUGGAGAAACUGAAAUGCCAGGCAGAACAGUUUUGCCAAAGACUAGGCAAGUAUCGAAUGCCUUUCGCCUGGACAGCCAUUCAUUUAAUGAACAUCGUGAGCAGCGCUGGAAGUUUGGAAAGAGAUUCCACAGAAGUAGAAGUUGGCACAGGAGAACGUAAAGGAUCGUGGUCAGAGAGGCGGAAUUCCAGUAUUGUCGGGAGGCGUUCGUUAGAAAGGACCACAAGUGGGGAUGAGGCUUGCAAUUUGACCAGUUUUAGACCAGCUACUUUGACAGUGACAAACUUCUUUAAACAGGAGGGUGAUCGCCUGAGCGAUGAAGAUUUGUACAAGUUCCUGGCUGACAUGAGACGCCCAUCAUCGGUGUUACGGAGAUUGAGACCUAUCACAGCUCAAUUAAAGAUAGACAUAUCUCCAGCUCCAGAGAAUCCCCAUUACUGUCUAACUCCAGAGUUGCUGCAAGUCAAACUUUACCCAGACAGCAGAGUUAGACCUACAAGAGAAAUCCUGGAGUUUCCUGCCAGGGAUGUCUACGUUCCAAAUACCACAUACAGGAAUCUUCUUUAUGUCUAUCCUCAGAGCCUUAACUUCGCCAACCGCCAAGGAUCUGCCAGGAAUAUCACUGUAAAAGUCCAGUUCAUGUAUGGAGAGGACCCAAGCAAUGCUAUGCCGGUCAUCUUUGGCAAAUCUAGCUGUCCCGAAUUUUCCAAAGAAGCAUACACAGCUGUAGUAUAUCACAACAGAUCACCUGAUUUUCACGAGGAAAUCAAGAUUAAGCUUCCAGCCACUUUAACCGAUCACCACCACCUGCUUUUUACUUUCUACCACGUCAGUUGCCAACAAAAACAAAACACUCCCCUGGAGACUCCAGUUGGAUACACCUGGAUACCGAUGCUUCAAAAUGGAAGGUUAAAGACUGGUCAGUUCUGCCUACCUGUUUCAUUGGAAAAACCGCCACAGGCUUAUUCAGUGCUUUCUCCAGAGGUUCCACUCCCUGGAAUGAAGUGGGUGGAUAACCACAAAGGGGUUUUCAACGUAGAAGUUGUUGCUGUAUCAUCCCUCCAUACUCAGGACCCUUAUCUUGACAAGUUCUUUGCACUUGUCCAUGCUCUGGAUGAGCACAUGUUCCCUGUGCGAAUAGGAGACAUGAGAAUUAUGGAAAACAACUUGGAAAAUGAACUGAAGAGCAGCAUUUCAGCUUUAAAUUCCUCUCAACUGGAGCCGGUAGUGCGAUUUCUUCAUCUCCUGCUUGACAAACUGAUUCUUCUGGUAGUAAGACCUCCUGUCAUUGCAGGCCAAAUAGUUAACCUGGGCCAAGCAUCUUUCGAAGCGAUGGCAUCGAUCAUAAACAGACUUCACAAGAACUUGGAUGGAAACCAGGACCAGCACGGCAGAAACAGCCUUCUUGCUUCCUAUAUUUAUUACGUUUUUCGCCUACCAAAUACCUAUCCCAACUCACCGUCACCAGGUCCCGGUGGCUUAGGGGGAUCAGUGCAUUAUGCCACCAUGGCUCGAUCUGCUGUCCGACCUUUCCUCUAAUUUUGUUCCAGUUAAGUCAGUUCAGCUUCUGGGACCCCCACCUCGCCGGAUGAUGAAGUUCGCUCAAUCAUUGGCAGUAAGGGUUUAGACCGCUCCAAUUCCUGGGUAAACACUGGUGGUCCAAAAGCAGCCCCAUGGGGAUCCAACCCCAGCCCAAGUGCAGAGUCAACACAGGCUACGGAUCGAAGUUGUAAUCGUAUGUCUUCGCACACUGAGACGUCAAGUUUCUUACAAACAUUAACAGGACGAUUACCAACUAAAAAGCUUUUCCACGAAGAGCUGGCCCUGCAGUGGGUUGUGUGCAGCGGGAGCGUGCGGGAGGCAGCCCUACAGCAGGCCUGGUUCUUCUUCGAGCUGAUGGUGAAGAGCAUGGUGCAUCAUUUGUAUUUUGCUGACAAACUGGAUGCGCCAAGAAAGAAUCGUUUUCCUGAGCGUUUCAUGGAUGAUGUAACUGCUUUGGUCAGCACAAUUGCCAGUGAUAUAGUCUCUCGGUUUCAGAAGGAUACAGAAAUGGUCGAAAGGCUCAACACCAGUCUCGCGUUUUUCCUUAAUGACCUGUUGUCUAUCAUGGACAGAGGAUUUGUUUUUGCUCUUAUCAAGACCUGCUACAAACAGGUCUCUUCAAAGCUGUAUUCCUUGACAAAUCCAAGUAACCUGGUGUCUUUGAGGCUAGACUUCCUUCGCAUCAUUUGCAGCCAUGAACACUACGUCACCUUGAAUUUACCCUGCAGCUUGCUCACACCACCUGCAUCUCCAUCACCAUCUGUGUCUUCAGCGACUUCUCAGAGUUCUGGGUUCUCCACAAAUGUCCAAGACCAGAAGAUUGCAAAUAUGUUUGAAUUGUCUGUGCCUUUCCGCCAGCAGCAUUACUUGGCCGGGCUUGUGUUAACAGAACUGGCUGUCAUUUUAGAUCCUGAUGCAGAAGGUUUAUUUGGAUUGCAUAAGAAGGUCAUCAAUAUGGUACACAAUUUACUGUCCAGUCACGACUCGGAUCCGCGGUACGCUGACCCGCAGGUAAAGGCCCGGGUGGCAAUGCUCUAUCUACCUCUGAUUGGCGUGAUCAUGGAAACCGUGCCUCAGCUUUAUGACUUCACAGAGAGUCACAAUCAGCGAGGGAGGCCGAGCUGCGUCGCUGUUGAUGAUUACGAAAGUGAGGGUGGAAGCAUGAUAAGCCAGACGGUUGCCAUGGCCAUCGCAGGAACAUCGGUCCCUCAGCUCACCCGGCCCAGCAGUUUUCUACUCGCCUCAUCGGGUGGCAGGCAGCACUCCACCUUCUCAACAGAGUCCAGCCGCAGCCUUCUGAUCUGUCUCCUGUGGGUGCUCAAGAACGCGGAUGAAAGCGUCUUGCAGAAAUGGUUCACAGACCUGUCAGUGUUGCAGCUCAAUCGCCUGCUGGAUUUGCUUUAUCUUUGUGUAUCCUGCUUUGAGUACAAGGGCAAGAAAGUAUUUGAAAGAAUGAACAGCCUGACAUUCAAGAAGUCGAAAGACAUGAGAGCCAAACUUGAAGAAGCUAUUUUGGGAAGCAUAGGGGCAAGGCAGGAAAUGGUCCGAAGAAGCAGAGGACAGCUAGAGAGAAGUCCUUCUGGGAGCGCAUUUGGAAGUCAAGAGAAUUUGAGAUGGAGAAAGGAUAUGACUCACUGGCGUCAAAACACAGAAAAGCUUGACAAAUCAAGGGCAGAGAUAGAACAUGAGGCACUUAUCGAUGGAAAUCUCGCAACGGAAGCGAAUCUGAUUAUUCUGGAUACACUAGAGAUAGUUGUACAGACUGUUUCUGUGACGGAGUCCAAAGAGAGUAUCCUCGGCGGAGUGCUGAAAGUGCUUCUGCACAGCAUGGCCUGCAACCAAAGUGCACUUUAUCUCCAACACUGCUUCGCCACACAGAGGGCUUUGGUUUCAAAGUUCCCUGAACUGCUGUUUGAAGAAGAGACUGAGCAGUGUGCAGAUCUGUGCCUGAGGCUCCUGAGACACUGUAGCAGCAGUAUCAGCACGAUACGGUCGCAUGCGAGUGCCUCUCUUUACCUUCUGAUGAGGCAAAACUUUGAGAUUGGGAACAACUUUGCCAGAGUGAAAAUGCAGGUGACCAUGUCGCUCUCAUCCCUGGUGGGGACAUCCCAGAACUUCAAUGAGGAAUUUUUGAGACGUUCCCUGAAGACUAUUUUGACAUAUGCUGAAGAAGAUCUGGAGCUUAGGGAGACAACAUUUCCUGAUCAGGUCCAGGAUCUAGUGUUCAACCUCCAUAUGAUCCUCUCGGACACAGUUAAGAUGAAGGAGCACCAGGAAGAUCCAGAAAUGCUGAUUGACCUGAUGUACAGGAUUGCAAAGGGCUAUCAGAAUUCCCCUGACCUGCGCCUGACGUGGCUGCAGAACAUGGCUGGAAAGCACUCCGAGAGGAGCAAUCAUGCCGAAUCAGCCCAGUGCCUGGUCCACUCUGCAGCCUUGGUGGCUGAAUAUCUAAGCAUGCUGGAAGACCGAAAAUACCUCCCUGUAGGGUGUGUUACAUUUCAGAACAUAUCUUCUAAUGUUUUGGAAGAGUCAGCAGUUUCUGAUGAUGUUGUAUCACCAGAUGAAGAAGGUAUCUGUUCUGGGAAGUAUUUUACAGAAGCUGGUCUGGUGGGAUUGCUGGAACAGGCUGCAGCGUCUUUUUCCAUGGCUGGCAUGUAUGAAGCAGUUAAUGAGGUUUACAAAGUCCUUAUUCCUAUUCAUGAAGCUAAUAGAGAUGCCAAGAAGCUAUCUACUAUUCAUGGUAAACUCCAAGAAGCGUUCAGCAAGAUUGUUCACCAGAGUACUGGCUGGGAGAGGAUGUUUGGCACCUACUUCCGGGUUGGUUUUUAUGGAACUAAAUUUGGAGACCUGGAUGAGCAAGAGUUUGUUUACAAGGAGCCUGCGAUAACAAAGUUAGCUGAAAUUUCCCAUAGGCUCGAGGGAUUUUACGGAGAACGGUUUGGUGAAGAUGUGCUUGAAGUGAUUAAGGACUCAAACCCUGUGGACAAAUGCAAACUAGAUCCUAACAAGGCCUACAUUCAGAUAACCUACGUGGAGCCGUACUUUGACACGUAUGAGAUGAAGGACAGGAUAACUUACUUCGACAAAAACUACAACUUGCGGCGUUUCAUGUACUGCACGCCCUUCACGCUGGACGGCCGAGCUCACGGGGAGCUGCACGAGCAGUUCAAGCGCAAAACAAUCCUGACGACGUCCCACGCUUUCCCUUACAUUAAAACCAGGAUAAACGUCAUUCACAAAGAGGAGAUCAUUUUGACGCCCAUUGAAGUUGCCAUAGAAGACAUGCAGAAGAAAACACAGGAGUUAGCUUUUGCAACCCACCAAGACCCUGCGGACCCAAAGAUGCUGCAGAUGGUGCUGCAAGGAUCAGUAGGUACCACAGUAAAUCAGGGACCAUUAGAAGUUGCACAAGUUUUCUUGUCUGAAAUACCCAAUGAUCCAAAGCUCUUCAGACAUCAUAACAAACUGCGCCUCUGUUUCAAAGACUUCACGAAAAGAUGUGAAGAUGCUCUGCGCAAGAACAAGAGCCUGAUCGGUCCAGACCAAAAGGAGUAUCAGCGAGAACUUGAAAGGAAUUAUCACCGGUUAAAGGAAGCUCUCCAACCUUUGAUAAACAGAAAGAUCCCACAGUUGUAUAAGGCAGUGCUGCCGGUCACUUGCCACAGAGACUCCUUCGGCAGGAUGAGCCUUCGCAAAAUGGAUAUCUAAACGAGUUAAAAACCCAAAUAAAAAAGCACUUAAAAUUAAGGUUUUGAAACGAAAGAGCCUUGUUAUCAGCGCUGGGAAUCAAAGAAGUUUUAUUGUGAAAUAAAACUUGGACUUCAUCCUGGACAUCCCACACACCUCUUCCUCCAUCAAAGUGUUCAGUGGCCAAAAAUCAUUCUGAAUUGUCAAAUGUAGACUUAUCAAUGUUUGAAAAAAAUCAUGGCAGUGGUAUCCAGAGUAUUGGUGAUAAGCUGUAAACUUACCUGUUUUUUAAGGCAUUUUUAUGACUCAAAGGUACACUAAACGCAUUUACCUUUAUUUAUAGUAUUACCUAAUGUUAAAUUUAUUUACUUCUAGUUCAUAUAUUUAAUUUAUAUUAGGACCAUACGCAAAUGCAUUUUUGAAGUUUUUAAUGUAGUGAUGAUGGUUAUUUUGAUGGUACUAUUAAAUAUGUGAAUGUUUACACUUUAA